CGCCAUCUUUGGGUCAAGAUCAACAUGGCUCUGUUUCGACAAAUUUUGAAAGCGCCCGUUUGGGCGAGACAAUGCGGCAGAGUUCUUACAUCUGUACAGACAAGGCGAGGAUAUGCCGAUGUGGCUUCAACUGAUAUGCCAUUAUCAUUUGCCUCACCAAAUGCUAUUUAUUACAACAACACCAAUGUGAAACAAAUUGAUGUGCCAGGUAUGAAUGAAUCAUUUGGUAUCCUAGCCACUCAUGUACCACUGAUCACAGUCCUUCAGCCUGGAGUUAUGACUGUAAAAGAAGAGGACGGAACAGCUAAAAAAUUCUUCGUGAGCAGUGGUUCAGUCACAAUUAACAAAGACUCUACAGUUCAGAUUUUGGCUGAGGAAGCUUAUCCUUUAGACAACCUUGAUCUUCAGGCUAUAAAUAGUGGACUGGUUGAAGCACAAAACAACUUAAAGGCUGCUACAACGGACAGAGCUAGAGCUGAGGCCCAAGUAGCUGUGACUUGUUAUGAGGCCAUGAGUAAGGCUGUAGAUGUGCAAAAGUAAAUGAUACAGACUUCAGACUUUACAAAUGUGUUUUGAGUGCUGACAUAGGAACUACUACAACAUCUAUUCAAACAAUGGUAGUAUUUUUUAUGACUUGUAAAUGUUGAAUGUUUCUUGACAUUUCAAAAUGAUUAAAUUCUGUACAGUGUA